AUGGAGUGGCCUUUGAAAGAAGAUGAUACGAUCAAGAAGGCCGAAAGCCUACAUCGAUAUCUGACCAUUUUCCAACUAUCAUUGACGGCGGAGGGAAUAUCACUACUUUCGAAAAGUGGCACCGAAGUUCGAAAGAAACUAGACUCGCUCGAUAAGUCGACUCUCUCGCUUUGCGCCAACGUUGAAGAAGUCAAACAGGCCGUUGCGUCUGUAGACUCCCACGUACAACAGAUCCACCACGAACAGAAAUACGCGCAAUUCCUCGACUGGCUGCCAACUCUCAACUACCAAGAAAAGCAUCUGGACAUUGGACCGAGGCGCCUCGAGGGGUCCGGCGAAUGGCUGCUGAAUGGUCAUGCCUUUCGCUCCUGGUAUGAAGAUGAAUCAUCAAAUAACCAUCUGCAAGGCAUAUGUGAGGCAACCGAAGAUAAACUCGCAUAUCUGUAUGUCGACUACAAAAAGCAUGCAGAGGAAAAUGCAGUGCUCAUCGUAUCUUGUUUGCUCAAGCAGAUCCUGUCCCAAUAUCCUUCUAGUCCAAAGUCAGCAAUGAAGCUAUUCGAAAGAUUUCAGCAGAAUACGGGUUUACCGCAAUGGUCAAAGAUUCGAUCCACUUUGAUCGAAACAUGCUCCGACAACGGGAACGGAAAACACUUCAUCGUAAUUGACGCUCUCGACGAAUACAAUAAGGGCGAAGAUCGGGGCGAGUUGUUGAAACUCAUACAGGAGCUAAGAAAGGCAAAAUGGAAGUCGGGGCUAGUGAGCCGGAUCAUCGAAGGCAAAAUCCAUGAGGCGACUCGACUGCGAGCGAUCAUGAAGAAGAAGAAGCUCAGAGAUGAGAUUACUAACACAAUUGUUACGAAAGCCCAGGGCAUAUUUCUCCUUGCGUCUCUGCAAAUCGAUUAUGUUCUCGGCCAAACCACCGGUAAUGAAGUACGAAAAGCGCUGAAAUGCUUGCCUUCUGGACUGUGGGCCAACUUCCAACUCACUAUGGAUCGUAUUCAGGCGCUACCCCAUCAAUCGCAACGAGAUCUGGCGUUGAGAACCAUUCUUUGGAUAUCUCAUAGUUUGCGGGACCUUUCUGUCAAAGAGCUUCAGGACGCGGUCGCCAUUAGCCCCGGCGCUAAAUAUAUCGAUGAAGAUGAUGUCGCACCCGAAGCACUUCUUGUCGAGUAUUGCUGCGGCCUCGUAACGGUCGACACCAGGACAAAAACAAUUCGUCUGGCACAUUACCCCAUUUACGAGUAUUUUCAACACCAGGAACAAUCAAAGCUAUUUGGAUUCCCCCACUUGGUCAUUGCGAAGGCCUGCUUGAGCUACUUGGAGAUGGAAGUCUGCCGACUGUGGUGGGUUGUGACGGAAUACCACCCUCCUCAUAGAGAAUAUUCUCUGCUCGACUAUGCCGCACAGUACUGGGGUGACCAUGCCAACAUGUGUGAGGCAGGUGACGUCAAACUGUAUGUAAAACAAUUCCUUCAAUAUACCAACGCUGUAUCAUCGUGGGCUCUUCAUGGCUGGUGCAACCAAACUCGACUCCCACACUUCCGCGUAGCCAGAGGAUUGGCGGACAAGCAGCAGGCCACCAGACGUCCUCUGGCCCCCUGGUGGUGA